UUUGUGUUCCUGAGAAGUUCCCAGUCAUAUCUAACUCUAGUUCUCUGUAUAAACCAAGGGAUCAAUUAUGUGCCAGAAUAUGGCUAAGCCUUUCCUUUCUGGCUGCCCACUUCAAUUAUUGGCUCUGGGUCUACUAGCAAUGUUUUUUUGUGCUAGCACUGUGGAAAAUGAGAAACAGGAAGACAGAAGGAACCAGGAAAAGGCACCCCGGUGGAAUGAAACGAGCAGUCGUCCCUUGCCAUCAUCCCAGGACUCAGAAAAUACUCCACAAAAAAUUCAUAGCUCUGAUUCCCGAAAUGCUUGGAUGCUCCUCAUGAACAAUGAAGUGAGGAGCAAAAAAAUGAAUAAAAACAAGUCAAGAAAGAUUAAGUUUGGCAUUCCAGGCCUGUUAGAGGCUGCAGAGUCAGCACAACCUCGUCCAGAUACCAGUACUAUUAUUCAGGAGAAAUUGCUGAGGGAGUUCCAGCUGCUGCUCAAAGGAAUAAUUAGGAAGCAAGAAAGGAUCAAUAUGAAAACCACCAGCAAAAAGUGCCAGCAUGGAGAAGCUAGAGAUGGAAAAGAAGAGAAUUUCUUUCCCCAAAAUAGAGUCCCACUGAUAAAAAGCAGGGAACGAAUAGAAGCAGCAUUCCACUGCCAGACCCAGAAGAACAUUUCAGUGGAUCGACGGUCCCUUCAAGAACUUCAACUUUAUUAUAUACCUAAGAAAGAAGAGCUGUUCCAUCGUGGCCUAGGUUUGAACCUAAACAAUGGUCAAUAUAUGGCCCCCGUCAGUGGAUAUUACAUUUUCAGUGCCAGACUGUAUGUUGUUCCUCAAAUACAUCCCACAAAGUACCAGUCACGGGCCCGAGAUCGCCUGCGCUUGCUGAUCUGUGUCGAGUCACUCUGCCGCCAGAAAAGUUCUCUGGAAACAGUCAGCAGUUUGGACAAAGCCAGUGGAUAUUUCACUAUUUCAGUCAGUGGAAUUCUCUUUCUGCAGGCUGGCCAAUAUGCUUCAGUUUUCAUAGAUAAUGCAACGGGAUCCUCCUUCAUUGUACGAAGUGGGUCAGACUUCAGGGGCGUCCUCUUGGGUAUCUAAGUGACCCACAACUGCCUAUUUUUAAGCUGAAAUCCUGCCUUUAAUCAGCUCUAAGCUAAGCUUCUGUCUUUUGGUCAAGUGGAAUUGGAAACACUAGAAGGAAGCACAAACCCUUGAUUAAACAUCCCAAAGUGAAAAAUUUGAUUGUAGAAAGAGUUCAGCAUGUGGCAAAAUAUUCAAAGGAAGCAAAAUCACACAUGACAUUUGACUGAAGAUAAUUUAUAUUUUCCUCUAGCACUAAAAGUUUGAAAUUUCACCCUUCAGUUUCCUAGUUUACCUUUGGAGCUGGCU